GAUAUUUAUGUAAGCUUUUUCUUUUGUUUCUCCAUUCUAGAGAGAUUUCAACCUCCUGAAAUACUUUCAUUAAAAAAAUAUGCUGGUAUAAAGCAGUUGCUUACAGUAACCUGGAAAAUACCUGAGAAAAGUACACGCUUACUGGAUGUAAAAUGUCAGAUUCGAUACAGAAACUUGUAUUCGAACUCAUCGGAAAUUGACACUGUUAUGGUGGCUUCUGGAGAAGAGGUAUCAACACAUAAUCUCACAGGUCUGUGGGACUCCACAGAGUAUUUGGUUGCCAUUCGGUGUAUUAGUGUUGAAUCAAAACUCUGGAGUGAAUGGUGUAAAGAGGAAAAAGCAAGUACAGAAGAGAAAGCUCCUUCAGAAAAAGUGGAUUUGUGGAGAGUAAUUGAGCCUUCAACCCCAUCUGGAAACAGAUCCGUGUAUCUUAUGUGGAAGCUGUUAAGCAACUUUCCACCCCAUGGGAGAAUUCUAGGCUACAAAAUACAGUAUUUUCCAGAAAAUAAUGUUGCACUUCAAAUGACAAACUUCACUUCUGAUAAGAAGAUUGCUUUACUUUUAAAUGAAGAGGCAUAUAUAAUAUCUCUUACUGCCUAUAAUUCUGCUGGAAAUUCUCCUGCAGCUAUUUUGAGGAUUCCAUCCACUGAUGAAAAAUCUUCUCAAAUUAUUGAAGCAGUGAGAACCUUUACAACAGAGGAAGAAGUGAUUCUGGAAUGGACAGUCUCUAAACCAGAAGUAACCGAGUAUGUAGUUGAGUGGUAUGAGGAAAUGGAGACAGAUCCUUUUAGUAGGUCAUGGCAGUAUAUAUCAAAUUCUACAAAGUGGAAACCUAACAAAAAAAACUUUAAAUCAUUUGUAUGCUACAACAUGUCAGUGUAUCCUAUUUAUGGAAAUAAAAUAGCGGCUCCGUAUUCCAUACAAACUUAUGUUCAAGAAAAAAAGCCAUCAGAAGGCCCUGUGGCUGAUACGGGUUUCCCAGGCAAAAAUGAAGUUACAAUAAAAUGGAACGAGAUUUCAAAGGAUAAAAGAAAUGGCUUUAUCAACAACUACACAAUAUUUUAUAAACCUGAAGGUGGAAAAGAAUUGAAUGAAACAGUGGACUCCAAUGUGCUACAAUACACACUGAAGUCUUUGCAGGCUAAUACACAAUACACUGUCUAUAUUAUGGCAAGCAACAGCGCUGGUGGAACCAGUGGAGAGCCAAAAACAUUCAAGACUUUGAAAUUCAAUAAAGAAGAUGUUAUUUUCAUUGCUCUACCAGUUGGAUUAAGCAUGUUGUUUCUGUUAGGCCUUUGGAUAACGUGCAUUAUGAAAAAACACCUGUUUAAAAAGGUUUGCUGGCCUGAUGUACCCAAUCCUGCAGAGAGCAUUGCAGUGCAGUGGCCUCUUGACGCAGCUAUGGGAGUGGCAUGUGAGGAUAAAACCAGAGGCCUGGAAAACAUAAGUGUUUUGGAAGAUUGUUUUCCUGAAGAAGAACAUGAAGGAUCACUACUAAUGGAUUGUGAAAAAUGUGUUUCUGGAAGUACUGACAUUAAUACAAAUGAGGCACAGAAUAUUUCUGAAUACAAAUUAACUCUGCUAAAUAGUGAUGAAAAGAUACUCAAUAACGAAGAACAGGAAGUUGCUAAGCACCUUUCACCAUCCAUGCCCUACAUAAUCACUGAUCAGGAUUUCAGAAGUCAAAUACAUUCAGCUUUGAUACCGUCCAAGAAACUCCAACCCAUCAAAAUGCUGGAGGAUGAUUUAUGUGAAUCCCAACAGAUCUCAAUUAAAAAUGAAGAAAAUGAUAAUGAAGAAGUUUUAAGCAGAGAAGAUUUCAGUGAAAAAAGCGUGUUCAAUCCGUACCUUAGAAAUUCUGUUAAAACAAGAGAAUUUGUUUCUGAGAAUUUGUCAGAACACAGCAAGAAUGAACCCCAAAGCCAGGCAACUGUUUUACCUGGACUUCAACAAAAUGUUGUAGGACAAUCCUAUAUAACAUUGGACAUGGUUGGGCUGGCAACAGCUCAUUAGCAGAGGAAAUAAUUCCUUGUGAAGUCCCAACCUGGUAGCACUGCUUUUGUAUGUGUUUCCUGGAUGGUCGUGGUUACCUCGUAUGAAACUACCCUAUUCCCUUGAACAGCUGUGUGGUAAUGAACAUACCGUGUUGAUUCCUGUGAAGCUUCACUUUCAGAGUUGCUGGGGAUUUUUAAUUUUUUAUUAUUUUUUAUUUUUUAAACCAGAGAAAUGUGUCAGUAGUAAGGCAAAGGACGUAGCUUUUCUUUGUUUUUGAUUUUCCCUGUGAGAACGCCAAGCAGUGCAAGUAGCUUGCUGCUUUCAACCUUGGCAAUCAAUUCAGAUAGAUGAGCACUCCUGGGGCAAUGUGCACGAACUUGAACAGAGCCAACAGCCAACAUCUCCCAAAUAUUUCCUUAAGUUACAUAAAGUAGAACAACUUUGCUGUUUUUUUCCCAUGCUUAUUUUGUAUCUAGCUUUAUGUGUACUGUUCUCCCAUCUCACAGAUAGUUGGUAAUCAUCUUUGUGCAUCUUGACUCUCGAAUCAGCAGUUUGGCUCAUAGUUGCCAUAUCUUUAAUGAGAGGAUAUGUUAUGUACAUGCUAUUGACCUGUCUACGCUUUGGAAAAGGGAGAUUUGUGUUGGCUUCCUGCUUCUUUUCCUUUCUCUCAUUUUCAGUCAUUCUCUGUAUUUUAUGCUCCUUUGGCGCUGCUUUUUUUAGUUGUUUACUGCAUGAUAUCUUCUUAUCUUCUUGCUACUUUGCCUUUAAUUUCUCCUAGUUUAAAACUGUUCUUCUCAGUUGAAAUUGUGGUAUUUUGAACUGGGGGAAAAAAAAAAAAAAGCUAAAUUAAACAUUCAGUCUUU